UCGCCACUAGAACCAAUGAUUUUUGUAAGAUUCAUUGACUAGAACACGGAAGUAGGGUUGUGAAUGAGUAUGUUUUGAUUUUGAACAUAAUUUUUUUUGUGGAGUAACGAAAGACCACUGAACUCAGGACCAAUCGGGGGCUCUUUGAUACCAAAGACUCCAUAUCCACUCCUUGCUGUGUGAAAAGUGAAUGUGAUCAGGAGGAUCCACGUCAAGCAGCCGUACUAGCUGAACACCCAAACACUCAGUCCACUGAAAUAUGUCUAAACUACAGUCGUUUCGUAUGUUUUUAAAUGAGCGUUUAACGGCGGCUGCUAUUGAGAUUUUCGGGGCAGUUGAGAAAACGGUAGUGGAAUACCAGGAGGAGAAUGAGUGGCUACGGGAACUGCUGCGUAUUACACCAGAGAUUCAACUAUCUCGAAUAGAAUCCCUGCAACUCUCUGUCUCUGAAGAGGAGGUUCCCCCUGAGCAGCAGCACUGUGAGCAGGAGUGGAGCCCCAGUCUGGGGCAGAAGGACCCAGAGUCCACACAGAUUAAAGAGGAACAGGAGGAAGUCAGGACCAGUCAGGAGGAAGAGCAGCUUCAAGGUCUGCAGCCUGAUAUCAUGAAGUUCAUAUUCACUCCUUCCUGUGUGAAAAGUGAAUGUGAUCUGGAGUACCCACUUUGGUCCUUGACUCUUCCCCAAACCCAGACUGUGGAGAACAGAGAGAGUCACUCUGAAACAGUGGAUCUCAAACCUUUUGGCACUGUGACCCACAUUAAGGGUCUCAACAUUCCCUGUGACCCUCCAGAUAAUCAAAACAAUGCCUCCAGCCACAGUUCAGCUGUAAGCAGUGACACAGUAGGACUUGACAACAGUCCACCAUUGGAUCCCAGUCCACCAUUGGAGAAACACUGUUCCAAACCCAGCACCACGUCUAGAAAAACUAGCCACUUUCGUGACUAUGGUGAAACAUUUGCUCUGAAAGCUGACCUGCAGAGGCAUAUGACUCUCACCAAGAAGAGACUCAGUGAAUGCCGCUUCAGCAAUAAACGCUACAACUCCACCUGUAAACUGAAGGCCCAAGUCCAACUCUGUCAUGGUGGGAAACCCUGCACCUGCCCUGUUUGUGGCAAGACCAUCAAAUACAAAGGAGAUCUGUCCAGGCACAUGAGUAUUCACACAGGAGAGAAACCAUUUAGCUGUGGUGACUGUGGGAAAAGCUUCAGUCAGAAGGGAAACCUGAACUUGCACAAACUGACUCACACGGGAGAGAAACCAUUUAGCUGUGGUGACUGUGGGAAAAGCUUCUAUCAGAAGGGAGACCUAAGGAAACAUAUACUGACUCACACACAAGAGAAACCAUUUAGCUGUGGUGACUGUGGGAAAAGCUUCUAUCAGAAGGGGAACCUUACAGAUCAUAAACGGACUCACACAGGAGAGAAACCAUUUAGCUGUGGUGACUGUGGGAAAAGCUUCAAUCUAAAGGGGAACCUAAGGAAGCAUAAACUGACUCACACAGGAGAGAAACCAUUUAGCUGUGGUGACUGUGGGAAAAGCUUCACUCAAAAGUCUAACCUGCUGACGCAUGUCAAAAACAUCCACAAAGGAGGAAAACAGGAUGAAGAUUAGGACAAAUAUGUUCUGUCAGAAGAUGGGAAUUAAAAGGCAGGAUGUGGACAACGAAAUCAAAGCAACAAUUCAUGAUGUGGGUUUCAGAUAAAUACAUGUGUGGUGAACGUACUUUUGUAAAGCUUCCUAUGUAAAUAAAGUUUGAUUUGAUUUCAAUGAUGACAUAAUAAGCAAACAGUUCAGAGUAUAAGUGAGGUGGUCCUCCCAUAAUCUUUUGAAUCGGCCUGAUGGUUAUAUCAGCAUAUUUUGUGAAAAUGUGGUCUUUUAAGAUGUGUAUAUACAAAUAUCUUUGUGUUUGUGGAUAAAUUUACUUCUGAACGAUAUCUUUUAUGAAGUUUUGCAUUUGAGAAUGUCUCUAAAUGUACUGAGAGAAUGGUCUGACUGAUGUUUUCGAUAUAUUAAAACAUGUUUACUUUAC